GAAUGUAGUUAAAUUUUAAUUAUCAAUGACUUGAUUUUUUUUUUUAAAUCUCAGCGAUUGACUCCCGUUCUUUUAGGAAAAAACACAGUCACCAACCACACUGAAGAGAGGACUCUAUUUAUUGCUGAGGAAGCUGGCUGAAACUCUUAAGUGAAAAUGGUGUUUUACACAUGUGGCCCUAAUGAAGCUAUGGUUGUGUCAGGAUUCUGUCGCUCUCCUCCUCUUAUGGUUGCUGGUGGUCGAGUUUUUGUGCUUCCCUGCAUCCAGCAGAUACAAAGAAUAUCUCUGAACACUUUGACUCUUAAUGUAAAAAGUGAUAAGGUGUAUACAAGGCAUGGAGUACCAAUUUCAGUCACUGGAAUUGCACAAGUCAAGAUCCAGGGACAGAACAAGGAGAUGCUGGCGGCAGCUUGUCAAAUGUUCAUGGGAAAGUCGGAAAGAGAAAUUUCUCAAAUUGCUCUGGAGACAUUAGAGGGACACCAGAGAGCUAUAAUGGCACACAUGACUGUGGAGGAGAUUUACAAAGACAGGAAGAAAUUUUCUGAGCAAGUGUUCAAAGUGGCAUCCUCUGACCUAGUUAACAUGGGUAUUAGCGUGGUCAGCUACACGUUAAAAGAUGUCCAUGAUGACCAGGAUUACCUACAUUCACUUGGAAAAGCUAGAACUGCCCAGGUACAGAGAGAUGCCCGAAUAGGAGAGGCCCAAGCCAAGAGAGAUGCAGUAAUCAAGGAAGCCCAUGCAACUCAGGAGAAAGUCUCUGCACAGUAUAUGAAUGAGAUUGAGAUGGCAAAAGCACAGAGAGACUUUGAAUUGAAAAAGGCUGUGUAUGACGUAGAAGUGAAUACAAAAAAGGCGGAAUCUGACCUGGCUUAUCAGCUGCAGGUAGCUAAGACAAAGCAGCGUAUUGAAGAAGAAAAAAUGCAAGUCCAGGUUGUGGAACGGUCUCAGCAGAUUUUGCUACAGGAGCAGGAAAUUACCCGUAAAGAAAAGGAGUUAGAAGCAAAGGUGAAAAAACCAGCUGAAGCUGAACGUUACCGUCUGGAGAAAUUGGCAGAAGCAGAAAGGCUCCAACUGAUCAUGCAAGCUGAAGCUGAGGCUGAAGCUGUCCGGAUUAAGGGAGAAGCUGAAGCUUUUGCAGUUAAAGCCAAGGCCAAGGCUGAUGCUGAACAAAUGUCCAAAAAGGCAGAAGCAUUCAAGCAGUAUAAAGAAGCUGCAAUGGUGGACAUGCUACUGGAAAAACUUCCUGAGAUGGCAGCUGAGAUCAGCAAACCCAUGUCCCAGGCCAAGAAAGUGACAAUGGUUUCUAGUGGAGCAGGAGAAGUAGGACCAGCUAAGCUGACUGGUGAAGUGCUUGAAAUUAUGAACCGUCUUCCUGACACUGUUGAGCGUCUGACUGGAGUUAGCAUCACUCAGAUUGGAGGGAAACCAAGCCGCAUGGGCUGACCUUAUCGUCAAAUCUUAUGGGAACAUCAUACCGCCUCCUUCCUAUUCUUCCUUUCUUAUUAAUUAUUGCAUGCUUCUCUUUACUGAAUGUGAAUUUGUGGCAUUACUGAAUACUAUUAAAUUUUUUUUCUUAACUUGUUUGUUUUUAAAUAUUAAAAGAUAACAAGAUGGAAGCCAAGGAGCAAACAACAUACUUCAGAUUGCAGCAUAAACUUGAAAAAACUUGUGUAAUAGUUUGUUUUUGUUGAGAUACAUUACUUAUACCUAUCAUACAUUUUUGUACAUUUAAAGUUUUGUUUUUUCUAAAAACAGUGGUGUUAAUGUGUAUAAUUAGAAAUUCAAAAUAUCCUUUCCAAACAUAACAUUUUUAUUUAUCUCUGCUCAUACAUAUACUGUUGUCAAUCAUUUUAUGCUAAAAGUAUUGGUUAGGAAAAUACUUUGAAACUAUUUUAGUUUUUUUAUUUUUACUUUUUUUGGUUUAUAUUUUGAGGAAGUAUAUUUUUAAAAGUAAACAUUUUGUUAGUAAUUGUGAAGCAAAAUUAGGUUAACUGCAGCUUUUCGUACGCAUGUAGCUUAAUCAUUACUGAUAACUAUGUGUCUUAAUGUGAUUCAUUCAACAUUAGCUUGUUAGUUUGGUUUUAAUUGUGAUAUAGCUAAUUUAUUAGCUAUUAUACAUGUGUAUUGUAAAAUAAAAAUCAUAAAAUCUGCAACAAUUAUGAAUAAAUUAAAAUUUACAGUGUCUGACUUUUCCAAAAUAACAAACAAUGAUUGUACUUUUUUUUCAAUAGUUUUGACUCAGAGUAUUUAAAAGCAUGCCAUAGAUUUUUUUGUGCAUGUUGCUGUUAGUAAAAAAAAUAAAUGCAUCUGCGUUUUGGGUUUUUAUGUAAGUUGUAACUGCUACACUUAUUAAUCAUUAUAUAGACAUUAGCUUUAAACAUUAGGAGGCUUGCCCUAACAGUUCCUAAUUAUUAUUACUGCUUGCUAUGUGAUAUUUCUUCUGCCUUUUUGUGCUUAUUACAUUUCUAAAUGUGUUUUUUGUUUACACUAAUGUAUAAAAUAAAGUUGGUCAAAGUAGUCUUAGAACUAAAUUAGCUGAUUUCAACCACUACGUUUAACUGUGUUAAUAAUGAAGUAGAAAUUAGAAUGUGGUUUUUAUAAGCUGUACUUGAUGGCCAGUCAACAAAGUAGUACUAAUCUUAAAAAAAUGACUCUCGCUUGAGACAGAAGUAGAGGUUAAUUUCUGUUGUUUGUCCAAUGUAAGAUUUGUCUUUUAGUUAUGUAUGUAACUGACAAUACCUAAUAUACAUGCUGAUUUCUUACAGUUAUUACUUUUAGCUUAGGUUUACAGUAUGCAUUUUGGUUUCCACAGAUGUAACUUAAAUCAUAUGUUUUAUUUAAAGAGACCUUUUCAUUAUCAGAUUUUAAGGAGGGGAUUUUUUUCAGGGCAUGCAAUCUGAUGUUGGUUUCAGUUGUCAUUCUGUCAUAUCUGAUUUCUACUUUACUAUCACUGUGAAUAGUUUUCUAAUCGCAAUCCAUUUAUUAUUGCUUCUCUGAAGAAAAGAAUGAUCUAAAUGAUUAAGUGCCUCAUGUACUAAGAAAAGGAUCAUUUCUAGGAAGCAGUGCCUGCCCUUUUGUAUGUACUGACAAAUAUUUCCAUAAAAUUACAUACAUAUUUUACAGUCUGCUGAGUAAGCAGUUACAUGAAUUCUCAGGGUGUUAAAAGUAAAAAAGUAAAUAAAAAGGCAGCAAACUAUGUAAUGAGUGAUUCCACGUGGAAUACAAAAGCAUGCUAUCAACAGCAGAAAGGAAAUGAGCAGUAACAUUGCAAAACUGGAAAUCAGGUCAAAAGAAAAACAUGCUGGUGUGUGAUGUUGACUAGAACUUUGCAUGAACUGAAUAAUAUUAGUUAGAUUACUACUAGUUAGACUAAGACAGCUAAGAUCUUAUAACGUUCCUUGUAAAAAAUAUAUUUGUUUGUCCCUUAUGUCUCUGCAUUAGACUACAUGAAUAUACUAGGAAUAUUUUACGUUUUUCAACACUCUUCACUGUCAUAUGACUUUCCAUUUCAAGGAAAGUUUUUGUUGCAGGAGAAUCUUUAAAUGUUUUUCCUGCAUGAUAAAAGGUUACUUGUGGUACCUUGACUAUCAAGUAUUGUUCACAGAUACAUUAAUUUCAAAAAAAUGCCAAAGGAGAAAAACCUACCAAUUUAAGAACACUUAAAAAGCAUUUAGGUUUAAUAUCCAAUUUUUUUUUUGUAUUUGUGUUAAUAAAGGUUAACAAUUCCUGCAGAAAUUGACUAGUAUAACAGCAAACAAGGCUGUAGUAUACUGAAUUUAAACAAUUGGAAACAGUAUUCCUGCAUUAUAUUAUUUACUUUUCACUUAAGUUGUUGGAACUGAAUCAUUUGGAUAUAUUUGUGGUAAUAUAAAAUGCUUUGAUUUCUUUCUUCUUUUUGAGCCUUUCCACAGGAUCUCAUAUGAACUUACACAAAGGUUAUAAUUUUUACACACUCUGUUUACUUUUGUGUUUCACUAAUUUCAGUGUUUCUUCUGCACUUUAACCUAUAUACAGUACAUAGAGAAUCCUCUUUUUUUCCCAGAAUUUUUCAUUUGUUUUCAACACUUUUCCCUUUUACCAUGGCAAUUGUCAAAUAUUCUGCUAAAGAGAAAAUCUCCUAUAACAGGAUGCUUUGUUCAUUAUGAUUAGAUUGGGAUUGAUGAUGGUCUAUUGAAUUUUCACUAAACAUAAUAUUUGUCUUCACUUUUGUUUGUGGCAGUAUGUGUUCAAUAUCCUAUUUGGUUAGUCUAUUUACUAGUUCCUGCAUGGUCUUAGAGUUGCCAUAUGCCUUCCCCUACUGAAUGAGUCUUGUUCCAAGGGGUAUUUAAGACCUGCAAAAUGUUUUACAGCCAUUUUCUUAUUUGUGCCUUUUUACAACUUUUCCCAAAGAUGGCCUCAGAUUUUCAGUGAAAUUCUUUUUGUACUGCUUAAUUUUAGAUUUGAAAUUUGUUUAGGAAAAAUAGAUUGUAAUGCUUCAGUCUGCUGCAAGCUUUAUAAAAAGUUAAUGCUGUGAAGAAAUUCAAAUGUUGAUCAGUUAGCCUGCUUGCUGAAUAUGUUUUGGUUUAAUAUACAUAAUAAAAUCUGACAAAAUAUUAUUGUGUAAUUUUAUUUUGUGUGAGUCAUGUAAAAGAUUAAAAUUUGUAUUGCCUUUUAAAA